CCAGCUCCACGGCUCCACCCUCAUUCCCCCCAAUUCAACACCAACUCACCCAACACCUUUCCCCUCCUCCCUCAGCUAGUCAGCCUCCUCAUCUUCUCAUACCACUCACUUUUCCACAUCAAGAACAGAGAACAGGACAGAGUCCAUAGGGACCAAGGAUCUGCUCACCCAUGGCGUCCUACGACAAGGCCUUCGAGUCCUACAAGAAGGCCCUCACCACCGCGGCGUCCGUCGCGGCAUCUGUGAUGCUGGUGCGCAGCGUGGUGAACGACGUGGUGCCGUACGAGCUGCGCGAGAUGCUCUUCUCCGGCUUCGGCUACCUGCGCUCGCGCGUGUCGUCGCAGCACACCAUCAUCGUCGAGAAGAAGAAUGACGGAUUCACCAACAACCACAUCUACAACGCCGUCAGGACGUACCUCGCGACACGCAUCAACGCCGACCUGCAGCAGCGCCUGCGAGUCAGCAGCAUGGACGAGGAUGACAAGAUGAUGAUCAGCAUGGCGGAGGGCGAGGAGAUGCUGGAUGUUUAUGAAGGCACGGAAUUCAAAUGGUGCCUCAUCUGCAAUGACAACUCAAGUGACUCCGGAAAUGGCAGUGGCCUUCAGAACGAGGUCUCCUUCGAGGUUAGCUUCCACAAGAACCACAAGGAGAAAGCCCUGAAAUCAUACCUCCCAUUCAUUUUGGCCACUGCCAAGGACAUAAAAGCUCGGGAGAGAACUCUUAGGAUAUACAUGACUGAGUACUCGAGCGAGUGGUCCCCAAUUGACCUCCACCACCCAUCUACAUUUGACACACUUGCCAUGGACCAGAAGCUGAAGCAGUCCAUCAUCGAUGACCUUAACAGGUUCAUCAAGAGAAAGGAUUACUAUAGGAAGAUAGGCAAGGCAUGGAAGCGGGGGUACCUGCUGUAUGGUCCACCUGGGACCGGCAAGUCCAGCCUGAUUGCGGCCAUGGCCAACCUUCUCAGGUUUGACAUAUAUGACCUCGAGCUAACUGAGGUCAAUUCCAACUCAGACCUUAGGAGGCUUCUUGUUGGUAUGAGCAACCGAUCCAUUCUUGUUGUCGAAGAUAUUGACUGCACCAUUGAACUGAAACAACGAGAAGAAGGUGAGGGGCGUGACAAGUCGAAUUCUACAGAAGAAAACAAGGGAGAAGACAAGGUAACGCUGUCUGGCCUGCUCAACUUUGUUGAUGGGCUGUGGUCAACAACUGGGGAAGAAAGGAUCAUUGUCUUCACAACCAAUUACAAGGAGCGGCUUGACCCAGCAUUGCUGCGGCCUGGAAGGAUGGACAUGCACAUCCACAUGGGGUACUGCACCCAAGAAUCUUUCCGAAUCCUUACCAACAACUACCACUCCAUCAACUACCAUGACACAUAUCCAGAGAUUGAGAAACUGAUCAAGGACGUGAAGGUGACACCCGCAGAGGUUGCCGAGGUUCUGAUGAGGAAUGAUGACACCAAUAUUGCGCUCCAUGAUCUUGUCGAUUUCCUGAAGUCAAAAAUGAUAGAAGUCAAUGAGAUCAAGACUGAACACAAGGAAACAAAUAACCAGCUGGAUGAGAAGAAAGACAACAGAGAUAGUGACAAAAAAUAAAAACCCAGUGGAAUUCCCUCCGAACAGUGGAAACAAAGACAAAGCAAUUAACGGUUUGUGUGGAAGCAAACAAUGACCAAAAGGUUUGAGUAUCAUAUAGAUAGAUCCUACAGGAGAUCCACUUGCAUAUCCGCAUAUGCGAUUGUCAGCAAUUGUUAACAUUGUAUUUUUGGAUCAAUGAGGUGCACCUGUACUUGCAGUUGUCCGCAGAGUUCUGUUAGUAAUGCCUUACUAGCAUGUACACAGAAUUAUAGAUAUGCAAAAUCCAUAUGGCUUUUUAUGUGAAACUGCA